AUGACGGACACGGAACCCAUUUUCACUGCUGUCUCCAGCAAUGCCCACCACCUCUACACCCUCCUUCAAUGCAUCGGCUUCGCGCCCAGAGCCACCGUGCAAAUAACCCCGGAUGGAAUCCGCUUCUCCGCAGAAGAGAUGCGAGUCAUCCAAGGGCUCGCCUUCCUCGACAAAGCCCUCUUCACCAGCUACACCUUCAACCCACCAACCGCGCCAAACCAAGGGACGACAACGGACGACAACGACGACGACUCAACUUCCGACCCCUCCACCUAUUACCCAUGCUUCGUCGUCUCCUUGUCCGCUCUCCUAGAAACCCUAAAGAUCUUCGGCACCAACGACUCCUCCACCAACCCCAACGCCGGUCGAGCAUCCAGCGUCCAACCAACCCACCCAUCUGGACCCGGCGCCUUCUCCGCCCCCAGUUUACUCCUAGACCGCUCCUGCACAAUCCGCUACACCAGCGAAGGCUCGCCCCUCAGCAUCACGCUAUCGGAGACGGGGGUCAAAACCACCUGCGAAUUAACAACCUACGAAACAGAAGGCAGCGAAGUCGACAUCCCCCUUCAACGAGAUGCCAUCAUCAUGAAGAUUAUCAUGCGCUCUGCCUGGCUCCAUAACGCCGUCUCAGAAUUAGCCGCUACAAGUCCAUCGGUGUUGAAGAUCUCCGCGUCCGCGACCCGCGAACCGUUCUUCGCUCUCUCCGGCACGGGAGGCUCGUUCAGCGAGUCGUCUGUAGAAUUCUCCGUCGAGAAUGGCGGGGCUAAUGGGCAGGGAGGCGAUGCAAGAGGCUCAAUUGAUGAAGGUUCCCGUGCGAAGAAAGCCAAACUUGCACCGACUGUCACGGAGACGUUUCUUGUCAGUCCGCCGUCGUCGAUGGGGUCUCGUCUCAAGCAGAAUUACAAGUUUGCGCUGAUCCAGAAGGCGGCGCGUGCUAUGGCGGUGGCUAAUAAAGUGAGCAUUCGUGGAGAUCGGCAGGGUGUCUUGAGUCUCCAGUUCAUGAUUGAGUUUGAUGCUAAUGGGGCUGGUGGUGUACGGCCUCUGAAGGGGGGUCCGCCACCUGUUGUGACGUUUGUGGAUUUCCGGUUUGUGCCGUUGCUGAAUGAUGAGGAUGGUGAUGAUCUGGAGUAA